GCUCACAGUAUUUGCAGAGAGAAGUCCCAGACACCAUCGGACUCCCAUAUCAUGGCUGGUCUCGUGUAUCUGAUCACCGGAGGUUGCGGGUUCCUCGGAAACCAUCUGGUGAGGCUUUUGAUCGAAAAGGAGGACAAACUGGCAGAGGUCCGGGUUUUUGACAAACACGUAGACUCAAGUUUAAAUGCACUCAGCACAGAACGGACAAAAGUUGUGGUGAUUCAGGGGGACAUCACAGACUACAGCAGCGUGUUGGAGGCCUCCCGGGGGGCCGAUGUUGUUAUCCACACAGCCAGCAUUGUGGACGUCUGGCACAAAAUUCCAGAGAACCUCAUCGCCUUAGUCAACGUCACAGGAACAGAGAAUGUGAUCAACGCCUGCGUGGAGUGUGGCAUCGAGUCCCUGGUCUACACCAGCAGCAUGGAAGUGAUCGGUCCCAACGUCAACGGAGACCACUUUGUCAGGGGCAAUGAAGACACACCGUACACAGUGGAACACACUAUGGCCUAUCCUAAGAGCAAGGCAAAGGCAGAGAAAAUUGUGCUUGAAGCUAAUGGCACCAAGAUAAAGGGUGGAAAGACUUUAUACACGUGUUCCCUGAGGCCGACGGGGAUCUAUGGAGAGGGGCACCAGCUAAUCAAGGCUUUCUACGAUAAGGGUGCAGAGCGGGGAGGCAUGAUCAUUGGCGGCAUCCCAGAGUCCUCUGAACAUGGACGUGUCUAUGCAGGCAACGUGGCCUGGAUGCAUGUACUCGCAGCCCAAGCCCUAGUUGAGCGGCCCAUGACGGUCGGAGGUGAAGCUUUCUUCUGCUACGAUGACUCACCCUACAAGAACUACGAGGAUUUCAACAUGCUAUUUCUCUCCAAAUUUAACUUCCGACUGGUUCGCAUGCCCUUACUGGUGCUCUGGUUCCUGGCCAUGCUCAAUGACCUGCUCCGAUGGAUCGUGAGCCCCUUGUACAACUACACACCGCUGCUGAACAGUUACACCUUUGCUGUGGCUUCUACCUCCUUCACUGUCCGCUCAGAUAAAGCCCAGCGAUUCUUCCAGUACAGUCCUCUGUACGACUGGGAACAAUGUCUGGCCCACACACAGAAAUGGGUUGAUACAUUCCCUAACAAGGAUAACCACAAGGACGCCUAAUGUGAACUCAACUACUUCAACAUGCACCAAAAGCUGCUAUGUAGACAUGCAAGACUCCAGGUAUACAGUGUAGAGGAGUAACCUGCCAUUAGGCAACAAUGCAAUCAAGAAAAGCAAACUGCAUUUACAGUAUAAAAAGUUAUAUUUAAGUAAGUCUAUCAUUUGUAUUGUAGUGAUAAGCUUGUUAAGAAUGUGCAAUAGUAUUCAGAUAUUUAACAUUUCUACAUCAUGUAAUUAUGUGUAUAAGACAAUUGUAAACACCAUUUACAUUUUUUUUUUUUAUAAAGACAUAGACGAUGAAAUAUAUGUUUGUAAUUUGAAAUAAAUAUAAUUUAAUAUA